AAAUAUUCUCCCGUUCUUCUCAGCUGUAACUUACUAUUUAGUCUGCAUCUUUCCUGUCAUUUCCAAUCAUCUUUUUGGACCCCUGGCCAUGGACGACACUCCCAUCUGGCCACUUCUGUCUACUGUAUUCCAGUCAAUUCUAGAGGUAUUUCUGCUAUGUCUCGCUGGCUACAUACUCGCAUGGUGUCGUAUCAUUGACAAGCCCACUCAACGCGUGAUAAACCAUAUCAACAUCUCCUUGUUCACGCCUGCGUUGCUGUUUUCCAAAGUCGCAUUCUUCCUAAGUCCAGCAAAACUCAAGGAGCUAUGGGUUAUUCCGAUCUUCUUUAUUGUGGUUACGGUUUUCUCUGCGCUCGUGGCGAGUGUCCUUUCGAGAAUGUUUGGACUGAAGAAAUCUCAUCUCAACUUCGCUGUGGCUGCUUCGAUGUUCAUGAAUUCGAACUCGCUACCCAUCGCUCUGAUGCAGAGUCUUGUGAUCAGUGUGGAUGGCCUUAAAUGGACCCCAGACGACAACGCGAACGCAAUGCUGGGUCGUGCACUCACGUACCUAGUACUGUAUAGUACUCUUGGGAUGAUGCUUCGCUGGAGCUACGGCGUGCGUUUACUCUCCUCUGCAGACACUCCACCUACGCCAACCUCUCCCCAUUCGCCCCUACUUGAAGAUGUGCCAUGCGAUGCCGAAGGAGCCCAAUACGCUGAUAAUGCAUCCCUAUCAGAUGGGACGACACUUAGCGAGCACCAUGGUUCAUCUAGGUUCCAGCCCAUGAGCCCCUCUCAUCACUGGCAAGCUCAGGUGCACCCUACAAGCCCUUCACAUCACUGGCAAACCCAAGCCCGUACCCAAGCCGUACUCGUGAAUUCGUCUCUCGAUGACACAGAUGACAAUGAUCAAGAUACAGCGUGUGAAAUUCCCAUCCCAGAGCCUGCGGGCCAUAUCUACGGACAGCUGCGUCCGCACCGCUCGCCAUCGCACCUUCACCUCUCGCCAUCUCGCGCACUCGAACAUUCGUCACUUUCGCAUUCACGCUCCCCACACUCACCGCACCCAGCACGGAACACAGCUAUAUAUCACUCCUUCCCAAAUUCACCUGUGCGGGAACAUGCGCAUUUGGUCUCGGACAGUGUCACGCCCGCGGACUCGGAUGGUGAGACAGAAGAUGGGGCAGAAGUUACAAGUGAGGCUUUCCGCCGCCGACACCAUAAGAGACCAUACGCUGGCCUCCGACACGUCUGGAAGUGCACCAAAAAUGCAUGGCGCCGUGUUAAUGCGUUUAUGACGAUGCCCCUAUGGGCUUCCAUCCUUAGUCUCGUCGUCGCGUGUACUCCGCCGCUCCAAUCUGCGCUUGAACACAUGGAACCUGUAAAAGGCGCGCUUGGUGCUGCAGGCAACUGCAGUAUACCACUGACACUCGUGGUGCUUGGGGCAUACUUCUACUCCGAACCUUCCGAUGAUGACAUGAAAGAUGGAGAUCUGGCAGACUAUGAGACAGACGAGACAAGGCGGGACCUUGGGCAGAACAAGUCCCGCGCCUCAUUGCUCAGUACCCUCCAGGAGAUUCUGGCACUCAAACGUGCACCACAGCCGCAGCCCCAGACGCAUGGGGAAAGCAAGACGGUGUUCGUGGCGAUCUUUGCAAGGAUGGUAGUCGUCCCGGCUGUAAUGCUUCCUGUAUUGGCAAUUCUUGCGAGGUUUGAUGUUCACGAUAUCUUUGCGGACCCUGUGUUCGUGGUAUCAAAUGUGCUCUUGAUAGCAAGUCCACCAGCUCUGACGCUCGCGCAGAUAACACAAGCAGCCUCGAACAACUCAUUUGAGAGACUAAUAUCGCGGACGGUUUUCUGGUCGUACUGCGUCGUCACCCCACCAAGCACGAUCUUAGUUGUCGUCCUGGGGUUGUUGAUUGCGAAGCUGUAAUUUAGAUGCUUGAUCUUUUGUUAAUAUUUUUUCAUCUUAUUUGCUAGGGAACCUUGAUGCCCCUUGGCGUAUUUUUGCUGACAGGGCGGGCGAGUUUGUAUACG